CUGGAGAGUUCUUACCACCAAUACUAUGCAGUUGGACAGACGGACAGAUGGACAGGCUUAAGCGCAUUCUUAAGUUGUAACAGUCCGGAAAUUUGAGUUUUCAAAAUUAGUUUGUGCUCGUUAUAAAGGUAUUAAAAAAACUCAAAUUGUAAUACACUGUAAUAUUGGGUAGGCGGGGUGAAUUUUUUUUCCAUCUGUACAGGCACUACAGAAUUGCUCUUAACAUGUACAUUCAAAUUUUUGUAGAUUUAUCUGCUGUACUUUAUGAGCAACGAGUAAAAAGCCAAUUUUUAGACCUUUUGAAAAACGUAUGUGUGUUCGCUUUACCUAGUUCUGUAGGCGCGUUCUCCGAGCGAGUUGGCCGAUCUUGAAUACCACUCUGCAUCUUUCUGUUGAACUUGAAGUCUAUAGCUCAGAGUCAUUUUUGCUAGCUUGGGACAAAUAUUACAAAGACGGACGGACGGACAUGCUUAGAUCGAUUCAUAUUUUGAUGUUGAUCAAGAAGAUAUAUCUACUUUGUAUGGUCUGUGAUGCUUCCUUCUAAGCGUCGCAAACGUUUUGACAAAAUGAAUAUACCCCCAUCUCUCCGUGAUGGGUAUAAGGAAAACAUAAAAGUUUCGGGCAAUUGUGUCUGAGAGUUGGAGUAUUUUGGGGGCAUUUAGGUUCAAUUAUAUUAAAUAUUAUUUCACAAUAUAAACAAUUAAAAAUUUUGUACAAAUCUGUUGAAUUGCUUUGGCUUGUGCGCAGGUAAUGUGGUGGUAGUGAGUAAUUUUGUUCUCUUUGUGAAAAAAAAAUAAGGUUUUGAAAAUUUGUCUAAUAAAUACCUUAAAAUGCAGCAUUUGUUUUUUUUAAACGUGAAAAGUAAACUUGAACGCUGCCAUCCACAUUAUCCUGUUUCAACUAAGUUAAAAGAUAUAUAUUUUUAAUAAGAAAGAAAAACAACCAACAUCUAUGCAAAAAAAAAUUCCGUCUUUAGUGUUCAAUACUGGAAAAAUAUUUUUAAAUUUACAGUCUUACAGUCUCUUAGUUAAGUGUUUUACUGAUAAAGAAAACAAUCAAAUCUCACUGCCGCCAAGCCAGUUAUCAGCAUCAAGCCGCUACUUAUAACAUAGAACAAGAGAAAAAUAUAAUUUUUGGCCAUAUUUUCUGUUCUUUAUUCCCGCUUGACAACAGUGAAUCAUGUCGGAGGAAAAUCAUGUGGAUGUCGCUAGCAGUACAAAUGCAGGGAAACAAACUUCCCCUACUUCAGACACGGUUGAUCAUAUUGAUGAGGAAGAGCGGAAGCACAAAGAAACACAUGAAUCUGAUGAUCAGACUAAUGAAGAAUUUAUAAAUGCAGAGAAUGCAUCACCCAUAAAAGGAAAUAAAGAAGUUACUGAAAAACCAUAUCAAUCGCUAGAGGAAUUAAUGAAUAUGCGUUUGAAACGUAAACGUGAAAUUGACGGCAAUAGCGUUGAUGGUGAACAAAGGAUCGGUGAGCUGGCGGUGAUACCUCCUAAACAGUUCCGGUUGGAAAAUCAUAUAAAUGAAAGAAAAUCAAUUAUAGAAAUUCAUCUGACUAGUGAGGAUGUUAAGAAGCCAUUAUUAGCUCCUAAAGCAGUUGCAGAGUUGGAAGAGAACGUUAAACAGAAAAUAGCCGACGUUCAACAACAAAUUAUCAAAGAGCUGGAUAUCUUCAAACGCGAGCCCUCAGUCUCAAUGCCUUCGGCUGAAAUUUUUCGAGAGCACCCAACACCAGAUACCGUUAAAGGAUAUCUAAUAUCAGAUACUGUUAAAGAAGCCGUAACAAUAGAUAAAGUUGAAAGCAUUGCCGAUGAUAAAAGUCGUCCAGAGAUAUUAGAUUUAAAAUCUCCUGAAAAGCUUACCCCCAUUGAAGUCGAAGCCUCUGACGCAAUUAAUGAGAUUAUAUCGAACGAAAGCAAUGACCAAACUGAGGAUAGUAAUCAUCAAACUCAGGAAAAAGAAGACGAGGAACUAUCCUUGGAGAAACUUACACCUGAGGAGGAAAUUAAAGAUCAAGCAUAUAAAAAAAGUUGCGAAAAAUUCCGGCAGCAUUUACCCUGUUUCAAAUUACAGAGCAGCGCUUCCAAUUCACCUUCUACUGAUGAUACGGCUAAUAAUGUCCCGAAAAUAUCAAAAUGUCGCGAAUGUCGUCGGCGGACACCCCAGCAAGGUUCCAAUGAUGUCUAUUGUCGGUUCUAUGAGUUUCGUUGUCUGCAGUAUACACCCGAAGGCCAAUUAGUGGUGGCUGGGUUUCCUAAUCCUUAUACUGAUGCUACGCAAGAUGAUAUGAACAUUUGGCAACCAGAUGCCGAAACCGAGCCAACAGCCGGCUAUAUGGACAUACAAGUAUGCCGUUACAUACUCCUGCAUGUAGGUGAUCAAUUUUGCCAUUUAUGGCGCCAGGAAGUAGAAGCUUUAAAAUUACAUGAAAAUCCUAACGAAAUUAUUGCUUGGAAGAAAGUGGUUCAAGGCAUACGAGAGAUCUGUGAUGUCUGCGAUACGACCUUAUUUAAUUUUCAUUGGACAUGCGAUAAAUGUGGCUUUGGUGUAUGCCUGGAUUGUUUCAAGGAUCGAAAAGAGGAACGUCCCCGUCGCAAAACCUUUGCAGGUGACAAACCUCCCAAAGGACGAGACGAAUAUUAUUGGAUGCUGUGCACGGGUGGCUCAAUACAUAACGUAAAAGAAUUAAUUUUAACACAAAUUAUAGCCGGCGAUGCUCUAAACGUGUUGGGGCAGCUUUUGCAUGAUGUGCGUACUUUAUGGCAAAUACCUCAACUUUGUGGCUGUUUACUGAGUCAACAGGAGUUACCCGAUGGUGAUUUGAAGAAUUAUAUACAAGACAUGAUUAAAGAGUCGCAAUUAAAACAGCAGACCAGCGCUUCAUCGCUAGCCACUGAAGAGACAAAACGCAAUCAAGCUCGUCUUGAGCAAAUACAUGCGAAAACCCUCGAAUUUGCUAGGGCCUGCGGUAUCGAUUAUGUGCCUGGCCGUUUGUGGACCAAGCAUACCUUAGGCAAAGAUCCUAUUACUACUGCUUUCGAUAAUUUCAAGCAUAUAAAUUUCCUGCGAAAAGGUCUAACAGGUUAUCGGAGAUUUCUACCGCCAAGAGCAAUGACUUUGGCUCAUUCUACGCUUUUGGCACCCGGGGUGCCGCAUGAAUGGCUUUGCGACGGCAAGUUAUUACGUCUUACGGACACGAAUCAACCCGACAAUAGAAUAUUAUUCCAAGAAGUUUGGAAAUGUGGUCAGCCAGUUAUGAUUUCCGAAGUUGCCAAAUCAUUGGACUUAGAUCUGUGGAGGCCUGAAGCAUUUCUGAGGGAUUUCGGUGACAAACCCAAUGAUUUGAUUAAUUGCCUAAAUGGUAAUUUGGUCCCUAAUCAGCCAAUGCGUCAUUUUUGGGAAGGUUUCCAAUGUAUGAAAAAACGUUUAUUGGAUGCAAAUGGCAAGCCAAUGUUGCUGAAACUUAAAGAUUGGCCACCUGGAGACGAUUUUGCUGAAAUUUUGCCAACACGUUAUAAAGAUCUAAUGAAAGGGCUACCCAUGCCUGAGUACACGUUGCGUACUGGUAAUCUGAACAUAGCCAGCUGUUUACCAAAAAUGUUUGUACCACCCGAUCUGGGUCCGAAAAUGUAUAAUGCUUACGGUUCUGCUUUCCAUCCUGACAAAGGCACUACCAAUUUGCAUUUAGACAUAUCAGAUGCAGUUAAUAUAAUGGUUUAUGUGGGUAUACCUGAAGAUGCUGAUAGUAAAUCGCAAAUAUCUGCUUCUCAUCGAGCGAUAGCUAUGGGCGGCUGUGAGUUUUUGACACGAGCUAGAGUUUUGCAAAAAAAUGUUUUUCCCGGUGCAUUGUGGCACAUUUUUCCAGCUCGAGAUGCUGACAAGAUACGUGAUCUCUUGAAUAGAGUCACCUUGGAAAAGGGAUAUCGAUUAGAACCUGACCAUGAUCCAAUUCAUGAUCAAAAUUGGUAUUUAGAUGAUAAGUUAAGAGCGCGACUAUUUAAAGAAUACGGCGUUGAGGGUUUCGCUAUUGUGCAAUGCCUAGGCGAUGCUGUUUUUAUACCAGCAGGUGCUCCACAUCAAGUACAAAAUCUACACAAUUGCAUUAAAGUUGCUGAGGACUUUGUUUCGCCCGAGAAUAUAACGCACUGCUUCCACUUGACCCAGGAAUUUCGACGACUUUCACAUUCACAUACCAAUCAUGAGGAUAAAUUGCAAAUUAAAAAUAUUGUCUAUCAUGCCAUCAAGGAUUGCUGUACAAUUUUGAUGAGAGCCUUCGAAAAGCGUAUUGAUCAGGAGAUGAUGGAAGCAGAAAAAAUGAAAGCUGAACUAGACGAUAAGAUAGCUUUGAGAAAAGGAAACAAAAGCCUAGUUAACGGCAAAGGACACCAUUUUGUCAAACAGGUAUCUGUAGUUGAAUUAAAUCGAGACGUGAUUAUAGAGAAAUCAGAAGAUAUCUCUGUUAAUGGAGAUGGAAACCAUAUCGAUCAAAAGGUGAUUUCAAUCGAACGAGGACAUAGUGAAACUAUGGAGAAAUCGGAAAAUUGGUCGGCCAACACCAAACAAGAGCGUUUUGAUGGUCACGAGCCGAUGGUAAUCGAGCCAGGUUUCAGAGAAUCUACUGAGAAGUCAGAAAACACUCGUAACGAAAAUCUACUUGAUCAGGAAAUUGUAGAUGCCUAUCUGAACCCAGAAAAUGCUACGGAGAAAAUUGCAGACCACUUACUUAGUAAAAAAGAAAAGUUUAUGGGUCAGCAGAUGAUGGAAGCUGAGUUGAUUAUUAAAGAUGAAGACGAAAACUCCUUAAAUUAUAGCGAGGAAAAGUCUAUCGACGAGGAAGUAAUAGAAGCUGAACCAAAGAUUAAGGAAGCUGCAGAAGCAAAAGAACACAGCUCAGAUAAUGGCCACGAAAAGCCUAUCGAUGCGAAGUUCAUAGAAAAAGAAAAACUGACAACUGAGCUAGAGAUUAAGGAAACUACCAAGAAGCAUGUAAAAGACUUGGGUCAUACUAUGAAGGAAAAGAAUACGAGUUUAGUUAACGAAGACGGAAAUUAUUUUAAACAAGAUAUGACGAGCGCUGAACUAGAUCUCAAGGAAGCUAUCAAGGGAGAAGAAAUUACAUCACCUAUAGACGCAGAAAAGUGUGUUGAUCAAGAGAUAUUAGAAAUUGAACAAAAUCUUAAAAAAGAUAUUAAUAAAGACGCAAAGAUAUUGAUCACUGAUAGCAACAAGUGUAGUUAUCAAGAGAUGAUGGAAGCCGCGUUAGAUGACAAUGAAACAGUGAAGAUAUCAGAAAAGCAUUUAGAUAAUGCCAACGGAAAAUGUAUUGAUAAAGAAAUGGAGAAAGCUGAACUAAAUUUUAAGGAAGCUGUGAAUAUGAGCGAAGAAGAAACGAGUUCAGCUAAUGAAACAGAUGAAUGUAUUGAUCACGAGAUGUUGGAAACUGAACUGUGUUGCAAAGAAGCUAUGAAGAAACAAGAAAACAGCUCUACUAAUGACGACGAAAAGCGUACCGAUCAAGAGGUAGUAGAAGCUGAGCUACAUCUUGAAGUGUCAAUAAAUGAUCAAGAAAAGAGUCCCGUCAAGGACAGUGGAAAGUGUGUUGAUCGUGAGACGAAGGAAGAUAGCAAGAUAACCUUGAAGAAACAAGAAGAGUGUUCUGCUAAUGGCGGGGAAGAAUGUAGUGAUCGAAAGAUGAUAGAAGUUGACCUAGAUCUUAAAGAAUCAAUGAAUAAACGAGAAAUGAGUCCCCCUAAUGACGUGGGAAAAUGUAAUCACGAAGAAACAAUGGAAGCCGUACCAAGUCUAAUAAAGAGUUCAGCUAAUGCGAACGAAAAAUCUAAUGAUCAAGAAAUGACGGAUGCUGAGAUAGACCUCAAGAAAGCUACGAAUAUGAACGAAGAAGAAAUUACCGAUGAAGAAGAGUCAACUGAUCAAGAGAUGGUGGAAGCUGAACCAGAUCGAAAAGACGCCGCGAAGGUACACGAGAACAUCUCAGUUAACGUUGACAAAAAACUUGUUAAUGAAGAUAUAAAGGAACCUAAACUAGACCUCAGAAGAUCUGUAAAUAUAAGCGAAAAAGAUAUCAAUUCAGCUAGCGACGACGAAGAAUUCAUUGAUCGAGAGAUGAUCGAAGCUGAACUAGAUCGCAAGGACGCUGUGAAGAUACUACAGAACAUGUCAGCUAUUGCUGACGGGAAACUUAGUGAUGAAGAGAUGAAGGGGGCUAAACUAGAGAAUUCAGCCAAUGGCGAAGAAGUGUACAUUGAUCAAGAGUUGAUAGAAGCUGAUCUAGAUCGGAAUGACACUACGAAGAUACAAAGGAACAUCUCUAGUAAUACCAACGAAGAAUUGAGUGAUAUUAAGAAAAUUAAAGAAGAUCUUGAACAAGCAAUAGAAAAGGAACAAGAAACUUCACUUAGUAGUAUUGAUCCCGAGCUAAUGGCAGCCGAAUCAGAUUGUAAAGAAGUUAUAGACACGCAAGAAAGGAGCUUAGCUAAUAUUGACGAUAAAUGCACCGGCAAAGACAUCACGGAAGCCGAGUCUAAUUUUAAAACGGAAAUGAAGAGAGAAGAAAAGAGCUUAACUAAUGGUAGCGAAAAUCUUAUCGAUUCAAAGAUGACGAACGCCGAAGUAGACUUUAAGAAUAUGUUGAAGAAGCAAGAGGAAUUUUGUGCUAGCGAAAGCUCCACUAAAUAA